AUAACAAAAAUCAGGUGAGUGACAGCUGAUCGAAGUCAAUGAACAUCACGUAAACAUUUGAAAAUAAUGGCAUCGACUAGUACAUUAGAAAUAGACCAAGAAAUUGCAAAGCGUCUUCUUACUGAAGGCAGCACUGUAGUUAUGUUAAAUGUACCUAAGGGCACAGAUUUUGGAAUAGACAUAAAGUCUUGGAAUACUGGAGAAAAUUUUCGUGGCAUUAAGAUGAUACCUCCAGGAUUUCAUUAUGUUCAUUACAGUGCUGUUGAUAAAUUUGGAGAAAUAUCUCCAAGAAUUGGUUUCAUUCGGUGGUUCAAAAAAGCAGAAUUUAUAGUUAAACGUUGGGACACCAAAGAAGAGACUCUCAGCUCAGAACCCGUACCUGAGGAAACAAUACAAAGUUUAAAGGACAAUUUGUUAGAUUUGGACAGAUAUUUAGGACCUUAUCCUUAUGAUACAUGGAAACAAUGGCAAGAAUUGACAAAUAGAAUUGACUCCGAUAUUGUGGAUAGAUGUGCACCAGCUUGUGGGUUUAUUCAUUCAGCUUUGGAAUUAGAAAAUUUUGACGAUAAAUCUAGACCAAGGGGUUUAGAGAAUAGUAGGAAAAGAAAAAGAGGUGUUUGCCUAUCGGUGGAACAGAAAGAAGAGGAAUUAUUGCCACAAUUAAAACCAAAGCCAGGGACAGAACUUAGGUUAACAGAAUUGCCAGAUGCACAAUAUCCAGAAGGUUCGACGCCCGCAGAAAUUACAAAACAUUCUAUGGAUUCUACUUAUACAUUGGAUCUUUUUCUAAGCAAAUUGAAACAACCUAUCGAAGUGAUUGGUGAAGUACAAUUGGCAUUUGUUUGUUUCCUCGUUGGUCAAAGUUUAGAUGCUUUCGAACAUUGGAAAUUAUUAGUGUCUUUAAUAUGUCGAGCAGAUUGUGCAAUUUCUAUACGUCGUCAAAUUUACACGGAAUUCCUGAGAACACUUGAAGUUCAGCUUGCAUUGAUUCCAGAGGAAGUCUUGUAUGACAUAGUUGCCAGUAACAAUUUUGUAUAUCAUAAUCUUCGAAUACUUUUCGCAAAUAUAGAAGCAAAUGGUGAUGUUGAUGCACGAUUAAAAUCCGAAGCCUCUCGAAUGCGAGAAAGAAUUUCCAAUAAAUUUAUGUGGGACUUUUCCAAUUUACAAGAAGAGAACGAAGACGAUGCACCGGUUGUCGUUGACAUGGAUGAAUAAUGAAAAACACAAUAAUUAUUUAUACAUUACAUUUGUAAAUAUAUCAAUAUUACUAUUAUUAUUCUAAAAUAAUAAUGAAAAAUAUUUUCGUUCCUUUUUA